AUGUCUAAACUUAUAAUAGAUCAAUUAACGCAUCCCCAAAAAGUACGUUUAUUAUAUAAAACCGUUUUAAGACUACAUCGAGGAUUGCCGGAAGAAUUGAAAGAGUUGGGUGAUAAAUAUGUAAGAGAUGAAUUUCGGAGACAUUUAAAAUGUUCGCCAAUGGAAGCGCAAUUAUUUAUGACAGAGUGGGCGAAAUAUGCCGCUACUAUUACCAAACAAUUAGGUAUUAAAGGCAAGCCUUUUGGUAAAUUAGGCGACGAAUUGGAUGCUGAAUGUGUGGAAAUGUUAAAUGACGAUCAAGUCGUUCAGUUAUAUGAAUUAAUGUUGGCCGCUAAAGGUUUGGAAGGUGAUGUCAUCACAGCAGAAGAUCUUAAAAAAAAAAAAUAAAUACAACUUAAUAAUUGACAAAUCUUUUGUUAUCAAUUGUUUUUGCUUUUUUUAGUACUUUAGAUAUAAGACGAAUACUAUUUUCCGUUGCAAUCCGUUGCGAUGUCUCAGGACCGAAUUUCAUAGAAAAUGCGAAUUAUCAUUUUCGAAAUCUCUCUAAAAGCAUUUUAUAUAAGAAUCAUGACUUUCUUAGAGAUAUCAGAGUCACAUUUAGCGUAAUCUUAUUCACCAAAAAUUUCAUAACUGUUUGUAUAACUCGGACGCCAUAACACUUCAUUGAGUGAAAGCUUAGAAAUUAAACUUUUAUCGUUUAUGUUGAGUUUCGAAUCUCACGACGGUAAGAGUUUACUUUGGUUAUAGCUAUUGUAAGUGAUUGGCCGAUAAAUUUAUAAAUCUAGGCUAGGCAAUACAGCCCCUGCUUUUUAAUCUGCGGCCGGUUUAUGGCAGCCAACGCCGUACAAACACGACUGUAAUUUUAGCAGGUUUUGCGUCGAUUAUCGGUUCGACGCGUCGAGCAGCGAUUAUGCGACUUUUGUCAGUGUUAAAUGAAAAUUCAUCCGAUAGUGAACUUGACGCCGCAUAGUAUAUAAGAAUUAUCUAAUCCUAUUCCAAAAUGUUGGAAAGGGCUAUACAAAGAAGUAAAUUCAGCUUUUUUUCGAGAAUGGAAGCUUCAGU